GGUGUUAAAAAUCCGUCAGAAAAAGCAACAGCAGCAAGAACAGAGGAUUAAUACGAACCCAGAACAGAAAAGAUGGGAGAAAAAGUCGGGAGCAGGGUUUUUAAGAAGUCCAGUACAAACAAUAAGCUCACACUUUAUCUGGGAAACAGAGACUUUGUGGAUCAUCUAGACCAUGUGGAUCCAGUAGAAGGAGUUCUUCUUGUAGACCCACAAUACCUGAAAGAACGAAAAGUGUUUGUGACUCUGACUUGUGCCUUCCGUUAUGGUCGGGAGGACCUGGAUGUCCUGGUUGUGUCUUUCCGGAAGGUUCUGUACUUCCGAGCCCUCCAGGCCUACCCUCCCCUACCAGAGGAGACCAAACCUGUGAGCCAUCUGCAGGAGAAGCUCCUGAAGAAGCUGGGUCCAAACGCCUACCCCUUCAGCUUUACUAUUCCGCAGAACCUGCCUUGUUCAGUGACCCUUCAGCCAGGCCCAGAGGACACUGGGAAGGCAUGUGGAGUUGAUUAUGAGCUCCAAGCAUUCUGCGCAAAGACGGUGGAGGAGAAGGUCCACUCAAGGAACUCUGUGCAUUUAUUGAUCCGUAAAGUUCAGUACGCUCCAGAGAAGGACGGUCCACAGCCAAUGGUGGAGACAAGCCGCAGCUUCCUAAUGUCUGAGAGAGCGCUACACCUGGAGGCAUCACUGGAUAAGGGGCUGUACUACCACGGUGAAGCCAUCAGUGUUAACGUCCAUGUCAGCAACUACUCCACCAAGACUGUGAAGAAACUCAAGAUAUCUGUUCGUCAGUAUGCUGACAUCUGUCUGUUCACCACGGCUCAGUAUAAAUGUUCAGUAGCCCAGGUGGAAGCAGAGGACCAGGUUUCUCCCAGCUCCACCCUCUGUAAGAUCUACACUCUGACCCCCACGCUGAACGCCAACAGGGAGAAGAGAGGCCUCGCCCUGGAUGGACGGCUUAAGCAUGAAGACACUAACUUGGCCUCCAGCACCAUCAUGAAGGAAGGGUCUGAUAAGGACACAAUGGGGAUCCUGGUUUCCUACAGAGUCAGAGUCAAAGCAGUGGUGUCUCGAGGAGGGGAUGUAGCAGUGGAGCUUCCGUUUGUCCUGAUGUAUCCCAAACCUAAAACCCAGGUCUGCUCCGAACCACCAUCAGCCACUGACAGUGCUGUGGACGCAUGCCUUAUAGAGCUGGACACUAAUACUUCACCUCAGAAUGAUGACUUUGUAUUUGAAGACUUUGCUCGUCUGCAGCUAACAGGAACGAGUGACAAGGAUGAAUUUGACCCCUUCUGUUAGCUCCUCUUAUCCAGUGUGCCCAGCAGGGUUGGAUCAGCUCAUUCAAAAACAAAAGCUAAAGGAAGCAGAGGAAUGGACAGAGCAGCUGCUGCACCUGUCACAGACUGUAUUUGAACUGUAGACUACCAGUGAGUUCAUACAGGAUGUUACAUAUGAUCCUCCGUCUCUGUGUUGGAUGACCACACAGCACAGUACCAUUCUCAUCAAUUAGCUCCAUCUAGAGCAGUGAUUCUCAACUGGUGGGUCGCAACCCAAAAGUAGACCGCAAACCUAUAUUCAGUGGGUUAUGGGCCUUUGUCUGGGCAAAAAAUAAUGUUAAGAAACCAACCCAAAAAAUAAUUUUAGAAAGGAAUUUGUAAUUUGAAGGUCCAGUGCGGAAGAUUCACAAGUGUUGAAUCGUAUUUUACUCAAGAUGUUCUAUUAUGUUAGCUAUCUCUACACUAUUUUGCUGACACCUGUGAUAAAAGUCAUAAUGCACUGAUUUCCAUGUAAAGGACUUUAUGUUAUUUCUCUCCUAUCUGCUUAAAAACACUGCCAGUAUUACCACUUCCUGUAAUCAUGGUGUAUUAUGUAACAAUCAGUAUUGUGUUACAAGAAUGUUGGCAUGAAGAACAA